CUGUUUCAACAUUAUUUGAUAUUUAUAUUUUUGAGUUGUUAUAUAAUGUGUAUAAUUACAUUAUUAUGCUUUUGGAAUUUGUAUUUUUUGAACCACAGUAUGAUGAAAAGUAGUACAGUGGAUGUGCAUAACCAAGAGACAAAUGAAGUGGAAUACGGAAGAGGCAAGAAUAAGCGAUUUUGGACAGAGGAGGAAAGUUGGGUUUUAAUUAGAUGUUUACAAGAUAUGGCCACUGAUCCUCUUUGGAAAACAGAUGGUGGUUUUAAGAACAAUUACAUGAAUGAGAUAAGAAGAUUAAUGGUGCAAAAGUUACCCCAGUUGAUAAUUGAAGUGAAACACAUUGACUCUAGGAUCAAGUUCUUGAAGGGAAGGUACCAUGCUAUUAAUGAAAUGUGCAAGCAGAGUGGAUGUUCUUGGAAUGAUGUUGAAAAAAAGAUUGCUUGUGAAUUUACAUGGUAUACCGAAUGGAUUAAGAUUCACAAAGAUGCUAAGGGCUUAUAUAAUGUCUCAUUCCCUUACUUUACGGAUUUGGAUAUGGUAUAUGGCAAGGAUCGAGCAACGGGAGAUGUGGCUGAAGAUCCACUUGCUGCUGAGCAGAAUUUAGGAAAUGCUACUGUUACUUUGACUGUGACAGAUGAGAGUGAUUCCAACACUGAAAUUGAAUUUUUAUCUACCAUGGAGUCACUGCCAUCUAAUUCUUCCAGUUCAUCUGCUGCCAAGAAAAAAUGCACUCAUCAAGUUCAUAAAGCUUCAAAGAAAACCAAGUUUGCACCAGUGAAGAAUGCUGAAACUGAGUAUAAGGAAUUUAAUGAUAAAAUUCGGGGUUUUAUGAAGAGUCUUGAUGGUCACCUUAGCACAAUGUCAACUUGGAUGCAAGGUACAACCUCAAGAAUGCCACAAGUUCUUGAACUGCUAGAAAAGCAUGGGUUCAGUGGUCCAGAUAAGUACAAGGCUUCUAAAGUAAUUUGUCAAGAUCCUUUGAAUAUUGACUUGUUAUUCAGUUUAGAUUCCACUGAAGUGAGGGAAUAUGUGCUCACUUUAAUAUAA